AUGGUAGACAACGAAAUAUUUAUUAAUGAAGAAGGCAUGGAGCUAAUAUACAAUGAACCAUCGUUGGAAGAGGAUAGUUUCGUUCGUUACUUCAAUGAAACAAUGCAAAAUGUUACUUGCAGAGCUAGCAAACCACUCAUUGAUGAAUCACAUAGUGCACCGCCGUUGGAAGAUAAUGAUCUUCUUCGUUACUUCCUUGGUGUUGCAAUAACAUUACCGGCAAAUUAUCAAAUGAAUGAUAAUAGUAGCAUCGCAUCUGAAGAUAUGAUUAAUUCUUCUCCUAUGGAUAUUUCUGUGGACAAGAACUUAUCUCAGCAUUCAAGUUCAUCAAUGUGCUGUUUCACAAUUCCAGAAGAUAUGUCUUUCUUUUCUUCUGACUAUCUUCUACACACAAGUUUAAAUACAACUGAUGUAUACGAACAUCAGAUGACCGCAUCUGGAUCUAUGAUUUAUGGCGAUACUAACUCAGAGCUGGAUUCGAUGUCAUUUGAGAACAGUUUCUCAAGCAGUUACUUCAAGAACAACGAAGAAAUAAAUUGA